GAAGCAAAAAAUUUAUUGCCAUAUCUUGGACCCAACAAAAUGCGAGAUUGUUUCUGCACUAUAAAUUUGGACCAGGAAGAAGUUUAUCGCACCCAGGUUGUUGAAAAGUCUUUAAGUCCAUAUUUCAGUGAAGAAUUUUAUUUUGAAAUUCCAAGAACUUUCCAGUAUUUGUCUUUUUAUGUUUAUGAUAAAAAUGUUUUACAAAGAGAUCUUCGUAUAGGAAAAGUAGCCAUCAAAAAAGAAGACUUGUGCAGUCAUAGUGGUAAAGAAACUUGGUUUUCACUGCAGCCUAUUGACUCAAAUUCAGAAGUUCAGGGAAAGGUUCACCUUGAGUUAAGACUGAAUGAGCUGAUAACAGAGAAUGGAACCGUGUGCCAGCAGCUUGUUGUACACAUCAAGGCCUGCCAUGGGUUGCCUCUCAUAAAUGGACAAAGCUGUGAUCCUUAUGCAACAGUUUCCCUCGUGGGCCCCUCUAGGAAUGACCAAAAGAAGACAAAAGUAAAGAAGAAAACAAGCAAUCCGCAGUUCAAUGAAGUCUUCUAUUUUGAGGUAACCAGAUCCAGCAGUUACACCAGGAAGUCCCAGUUCCAGGUGGAGGAGGAGGACAUUGAGAAGCUGGAGAUCAGGAUUGACUUGUGGAAUAAUGAAAACCUAGUCCAAGAUGUUUUCCUGGGGGAGAUUAAGGUUCCUGUCAAUGUGUUAAGAAGUGAUUCCUUUCAUCAAGCCUGGUACUUGCUACAGCCAAGAGACAAUGGAAACAAAUCAUCUAAAACCGAUGACCUGGGGUCUCUUCUGUUAACUCUCUGUUACACAGAAGACUGCGUGCUUCCAUCAGACUACUAUGGACCGUUGAAAGCUUUGCUGCUAAAAUCACCAGAUGUUCAGCCAGUAUCCGCCUCAGCUGCUUAUAUUUUGGGUGAAAUAUGUCAAGAUCAAAAGGAUGCUGUUUUGCCCCUUGUACGACUGUUGCUGCAUCACAAUAAACUUGUCCCUUUUAUCACUGCGGUGGCCGAGCUGGACUUGAAGGAUACUCCAGAUGCCAACGCAAUAUUUAGAGGAAACUCCCUGGCUACCCAGUGUCUGACUGAGAUGAUGAAGAUAGUGGGAGGGCACUACCUGAAAGUCACGCUGAAGCCUGUUCUAGAUGAGAUAUGUGAGUCCUCAAAAUCCUGUGAAAUAGAUCCUGUUAAGUUGAAAGAGGGAGAUAAUGUAGAGAAUAAUAAGGAGAAUCUGUACUACUAUGUGGACAAAGUAUUCAAUACGAUUGUAGGAUCAAGUGUGAGCUGCCCCACUGUGAUGUGUGAUAUUUUUUAUUCUCUGAGGCAAAUGGCUGCUAAGAAAUUUCCUAAUCACCCUCAUGUUCAGUACUCUGCAGUGAGCAGCUUUGUCUUCCUUCGUUUCUUUGCUGUAGCGAUACUCUCACCUCAUGCUUUUCAUUUGCGACCUCAUUAUCCAGAUACACAGACAGUUAGGACAUUAACUCUCAUCUCAAAAACCAUUCAGAUUAUUGGAAACUGGGGAUGUCAGUCCAGAAAAAAGUCACGGUUCAAAAAGUCAGUCAUGUGUGAAUUUCUCAAAAUGUUUCAAGAAGAAAGAUACUUUACAGACGUGAAAAAGUUCUUGGAUGAAAUUUCAUCUACGGAAACUAAAGAGUCCAGUGGUACGAGUGAGCCUGUGCACCUGAAAGAAGGUGAGAUGUAUAAGAGAGCUCAAGGAAGAACCCGUAUUGGAAAAAAGAACUUCAAGAAACGAUGGUUCUGCUUGACAAGCAGAGAGCUCACCUACCACAGACAGCAAGGCAAAGAUGCAAUUUACACUAUUCCAGUAAAAAAUAUUCUUGCUGUGGAAAAAUUGGAAGAAGGCUCUUUCAACAAGAAAAAUAUGUUCCAAGUGAUACAUACAGAGAAAACGCUGUACAUCCAAGCAAACAACUGUGUGGAAGCCAAUGAGUGGAUAGAUGUCCUGUGCAGGGUGAGCAGAUGCAACCACAACAGGCUUAGUUCUUUCCAUCCCUCAGCGUAUCUCAACGGAAACUGGCUCUGCUGCCAGGAGACGAGUGAAAGCACACCAGGCUGCAAGCCGUGCACCGCGUGAGUAACUCAGUGACCGCAUGCGGGUGUGGGUAUGAGAGCACGACGGACGCUAUGUAGAAGUAGCUGGACAGAGGCCUCACAGUGCUGAAAACAUUUCUAUAAACCGUGUCUAGAAAGGGUUGGGUGGUUGCCUAGUGGUAGAGUGUCU